CCCAGCCCGGACCAUGUGGGAGCCUCAGGGUGCUGAGGCGUUCGCGGCGGCCCUCGGAGGCGCCCUCUUCCUGCUGCUCUUCGCGCUGGGGGUCCGCCAGCUGCUGAAGCAGAGACGGCCGUCGGGCUUCCCCCCGGGACCGUCGGGGCUGCCAUUUAUCGGCAACAUCUACUCGCUGGGCGCCUCGGCCGAGCUCCCCCACGUCUACAUGAAAAAGCAGAGCCAGGUGUACGGCGAGAUCUUCAGUUUGGAUCUUGGAGGUAUAUCAGCUGUGGUUCUAAAUGGCUAUGAUGUAGUAAAGGAAUGCCUUGUUCAUCAAAGUGAAAUUUUUGCAGACAGACCAUGCCUUCCUUUAUUCAUGAAGAUGACAAAAAUGGGAGGCUUACUCAAUUCCAGAUAUGGCCGAGGAUGGGUUGAUCACAGAAAAUUAGCUGUAAACAGCUUUCGCUGUUUUGGAUAUGGUCAAAAGUCUUUUGAAUCUAAAAUCUUAGAAGAAACCAAAUUUUUCAUUGAUGCUAUUGAAACAUACAAUGGUAGCCCUUUUGACUUUAAACAAUUAAUAACAAAUGCCGUUUCAAACAUAACCAAUCUGAUCAUUUUUGGAGAACGAUUCACUUACGAAGACACUGAUUUUCAGCACAUGAUUGAGUUAUUUAGUGAAAAUGUGGAACUAGCCACCAACGCCGCAGUCUUCCUCUAUAAUGCCUUUCCAUGGAUUGGCAUCUUACCUUUUGGAAAACAUCAACAACUGUUUAGAAAUGCAGCUGUGGUCUAUGACUUUCUCUCCAGGCUUAUUGAAAAAGCUUCCAUCAACAGAAAACCUCAGUUACCUCAGCAUUUUGUUGAUGCUUAUUUAGAUGAGAUGGAUCAAGGUAAAAAUGACCCAUCAUCUACUUUCUCCAAAGAAAACCUGAUUUUCUCUGUGGGUGAACUCAUCAUUGCUGGAACUGAAACUACAACCAAUGUGCUACGGUGGGCAAUUCUUUUCAUGGCCCUUUAUCCUAACAUUCAAGGACAAGUUCAGAAAGAGAUUGAUUUAAUUAUAGGACCCAGUGGGACACCUUCUUGGGAUGACAAAUGCAAAAUGCCUUAUACCGAGGCAGUUUUACAUGAAGUUUUAAGAUUCUGUAAUAUAGUGCCGUUAGGGAUUUUCCAUGCAACCUCUGAGGAUGCAGUUGUACGUGGUUAUUCCAUUCCUAAAGGCACAACAGUAAUUACAAAUCUUUAUUCUGUACACUUUGAUGAAAAGUAUUGGAGAGACCCAGAAAUAUUCUAUCCAGACCGAUUUCUGGACAGCAAUGGAUAUUUUGCCAAGAAGGAAGCUUUUGUUCCCUUUUCCCUAGGGAGAAGACAUUGUCUUGGAGAACAGCUGGCUCGGAUGGAAAUGUUCCUGUUUUUUACAACAUUGCUUCAGCGAUUUCACUUGCAUUUUCCAAAUGAACUGGUUCCAAAUCUGAAGCCCAGGUUAGGCAUGACGUUGCAACCCCAGCCCUACCUCAUCUGUGCAGAAAGACGCUGAAUGUGCCUGGAUGUUUCGUGGAACAAGGUGUUUGCCUCACCCCUGACCCUUGUUUAGACACUGUGUGUGUUUGUAUAAGAAUCACAGCAUCAUAAAAACCAAAUGAGGCUUCCCUGGUGGCGCAGUGGUUGGGAGUCUGCCUGCCAGUGCAGGGGACACGGGUUCGGGCCCUGGUCUGGGAGGAUCCCACAUGCCGCGGAGCAACUAGGCCCGUGAGCCACAACUGCUGAGCCUGCGCGUCUGGAGCCUGUGCUCCGCAACAAGAGAGGCCGCGAUGGUGAGAGGCCCGCGCAUCGCGAUGAAGAGUGGCCCCCGCUUGCCGCAACUAGGGAAAGCCCUCGCACAGAAACGAAGACCCAACACAGCCAAAAAUAAAUAAUAAAUAAAUAAAUUAAAAAAAAAAAAACCAAAUGAACACAGAUGUGUCUUUAAAAACUGUAAUAAUAGCAUUAGCUAUUAUUUUUUCCAACCUUUUAUGACAUAAGGUAGAAUUAUCUGAGGAAAACAGAGGUACAAAUGACAGUUGUUGCUUAAGAUACUAAGAAGGGCCAUCGAUGCCCUGACUUUUCAGCCUGUUGUUGAGCACCAGGUACCCCUCAUCCCUUCUUGACUCCAAUUUGCUCCUGUCUGGGCUCUUUGCUUCCAAAUGUCAAUGCCAGCUCAUUUCUGAUCAGCUAUUGCCGUUAAUAGAUUGUGUGGUACUAGUCCAGUUUAAUAGUGGACUAAAGAAGAAAUUAGAACCCAAAUAAAUGAGUUUGGACUACAGAGGUAUUUUAGACAUGGUGGCAAAUGAUAGAAUAGAUAGCUAUACAGUAUAUUUAAUGUAAAACCUGCCAGUGCUUUCAAAUCUUGCUUCCUACUAUAGCUUCAUAAGAGUUGCGGCAUCAUUCUUCCUACAAAUGAGGGUCCCUGUGACCCUCAUAGCAGCAGUUAAGUAGAUAGGAAAUUACAAUAAGGUAUUUAAAAAUGACACAUAACUUUCUUUUUCUUUUUCUUUUUUUUGGGGGGCCACCGUGCAGCUUGUAGAAACUUAGUUCUCUGACCAGGGAUUGAACCCAGGCCCUCUGCAGUGAAAGCACCGAGUCCUAACCACUGAACCACCAGGGAAUUCCUGACACAUGCCUAUUCUUUGUAGGCACAGACUUUUUCCCUAGUACCAUUUUUUUUCCAAAACUAGUCACAGGGCUUAAAGAUUGAAUCCUUUUACCUUUUCGAGGUCUCUAGGCAUUUCCUUGGAUUACUGUUACUUUUCUAAAAAGAAUACUCUUCAAAUCCAAAAAACAUGCUUUAGAGGCAAGGUAACUGCAUAAAUUGGGACACUUGAGAAUGAUGGGCUUCUAUUAAUAAUUAUACCGUAAAAUAAGUGUAAACUCUGACUGUCCUGAUCAAACUGGUAUGUAUAGUCACCCAUUUAUACCUUUUUUUAAGCAAUAUUUCUUCUACAGUUGUACAUUAAGGGUUCAUGCUCUUGUAACGUAGCUCAUGAAUAGUCACAGCCUCAGAGUAAGUGCACAUAACAAUGAUUUCUGUUAGGAAUAUGAAUUUAACCUUAGUUUGACUUUAUCUGUUGAAUAUUUUCAGGUGUAUGUGUGAUAAAUCAGGAGUCUUUGCAUCUCUGAUAUAUUAAGAUGUUUCUAGUUGCAAGGGGGAAAAGGUCCUGUGCAAAUUUACAAAAUAAUAAAGGAGAAAUUCAGAGGUAGCAAGGCAGUUUUAGGGUAGGUAUGACCUAGAUGCUUCAUGCUGUAAUCAAGAUCCUGUUUCUUCACAUCCCUCAAGUUUGCUUUCCAGAUGAUAUCAGCUUUAUCUUAAGGCUGGCUCAUGGAAGUACAUGUGUUUUGCCCACGUCCUUUCAAGACAUUGAGCUUGGAUUGUUUUUGGGAGAGCAAGGGAGCUUUUCAGAUGUUCUCCCCAAACUGUUCUUUGUGUCCCAUAGGUCCUAACCAAGUUAUGUGUCCAUCCAUUAAAACUAUGUCUUGUGAACAUGGAAGCAGCCCAAGUGCCCCUUAACAGAUGAUUGGAUUAAGAAGAUGUGGUAUAUAUACACAAUGGAAUAUUAGUCAUAAGAAAGAAUGAAAUUCUGCCUUUUGCAGCAACAUGGAUGGACCUAGAGAAUAUUAUGCUUAGUAAAAGAAGUCAGAGAAAGAUAAAUACUGUAUGAUAUCACUUAUAUGUGGAAUCUAAAAAAGAAAAAAAAAGAAUGUAUAUGCACAACAGAUGCACAGAUAGAGAACACAAAUUUGUGGUUACCAAAGGGGAGAGGGGAGUGAGGAGAGACAAAUUAGGGGUGUGGGAUUAACAAACUACUGUGUAUAAAAUAAAUAAGUAAAUAAGCAACAAAGACAUACUGUAUAGCACAGGGAAUUAUAGCCAUUAUCAUAUAGUAACUUAAAAUGGAGUUAUAUAAUGCAAAAGUACUGAAUCACUAUGCUAUACACCUAAAACUAAUAUAAUAUUGUAAAUCAACUAUACUUCAAUUAAAAAAAAAAAAUGUGAGUGGGAUUAUCGUUCCCUUAUGCCUGACUAUUAGAGCCAGUGAUGGAGCUGGCUUCGCUCAAAGUACAUGUGUUACAUAGUGUUAGUAUAGUUACCUAAACAAAAAUAAGGAGAGUUAUGAAAAGAAGAGGAACUCUUGACUAGAAGACUAAUUACAGUGUCUAUCUCACUGCCCUCUGACCACUUACUAAGCCAAGCAACUUUCUAACCUACCCCCCUGACUCUUGUUAAUUAUACUCACUCAAGUUGUUCCUUGGUCUUUGCUCUUCCUUUGACACAGGAAAUGUCCUAUCCCUGGGCCUCCUACUUACUGUCAUAUCGCAUAUGUUGAAAUCUACAGACUGAGGGUUCUGUGGGCUUUGGUGGUCUUACUGAGCAAAGCCAUGUAAGUGACCUAGAGUAGUUAUAAUCAAAAUUGAGGAAGCCUUAUUUUGCUCUGGUAUACUACCACUAUUUCUUCUAGGAUGAUUAAGAACUCCAUCAACCUACACAGAAUGGAAAACAUGCUAUUUACUUUCUUUACCUUGCAUCUAAGGAAAUGUUAUAUUUUUCCCUAAUCAAGUUAAUGCCAACCUGAUAAGUCAUUUAAGUAUGUAGAUUCAUAACUGGUUAAUGGUAGAAGAGGUUUACUGUCACUUGAUGUGCUCAUUUUAUAGCCAAGGAAGUAGGGGUUCAGACAGGGAAAUGAUUCCUCUAGUUCAUAGUAGAGGCAUGGCCCUCUUUCACCUCAUAUAUGUAUAUUUUUUAUCCAAACUGUGUUUAUUGGGAUGGUUCCCCGUUCAUCUUGAUUCACAGUGCUUUUAGUGCUUCCAUUUGAAGGAGCAUCCUUUUGUAAGCCUUGCUUUUCCUCCUAUGGGCUGGCAGAGACAGUAGAGCAGCCAACACACAAAACUAACAUUUGUGCAUGGCUAAAGAUGGUGAUUUUACAACAUCUUGGGCAUUUCACAUUCAUGAAGUAAGAACUGGGGCUCUGCAUCAGGCGCUUCUGCUUGUGUUUCUUCUUCUCUUCUGAAGAGGGAUGAAGGAGCUCCUUUGCGAAUGCAUGUUCUUGUGGGGAGGUCAUCACCACUGGAAAGGCCAUCUCUUAGUCUUUUUACUCACACCCAAUAAUUUAUACUAUGCUUUACAAUUUAUAAGGUUGUUUCCAUACUGUCAACUCUUGACAGUUUGGAGCCAAUUAACUGGUAAAAUAAAAU